AUAUCCUUCACAUGCUCAUAACCUUCCCGUGCCUAUAAAUACCCUUAACUCGGUUAGGUGACACUACAACACAUUCAGAAACCUUUUCCAGGAAAAAAGGGAUUAUUGAAGUUUUCUUUUCUUUCUCUUUGUUUGGGAAAAAAAUGGCUGGAAUUGUUGUGGUUUUCGAUUUCGAUAAAACCAUUAUCGACCGUGACAGCGAUAACUGGGUUGUCGAUGAAUUGGGCUUUACCGAUUUGUUCAACCAGCUUCUUCCCACCAUGCCCUGGAAUACUCUCAUGGACACGAUGAUGAAGGAGAUGCAUGCACAAGGAACAACCAUUGAUGACAUUGUUGAGGUUCUGAAACGAUCUCCAAUCCACCCUAGGAUCGUCCCAGCUAUUAAAUCAGCUCAUGCUUUAGGGUGUGAACUGAGGAUUGUAAGUGAUGCAAACAUGUUCUUCAUUGAGACCAUUCUGGAACAUCUUGGAGUGAAGGAAUGUUUCUCAGAGCUCAACUCAAAUCCCAGCUUUGUUGAUGAAGAAGGGAGGCUGAGGAUCUUCCCUUAUCACGAUUUCACCAAGACUUCCCAUGGCUGCAAUCUUUGCCCCCCAAAUAUGUGCAAGGGGGUGAUCAUUGAAAGGAUUCAAGCAUGUUUAGAGGGGAAGAAGAAAAUCAUUUACCUCGGAGAUGGCAGUGGGGAUUAUUGCCCAAGCCUAAGGCUUGGAGAGAGUGACUAUGUGAUGCCAAGGAAGAAUUUUCCAGUAUGGGAAUUAAUAUGCAGGAACCCUAUGCUCAUCAAGGCUGACAUUCAUGAAUGGAGUGAUGGCGAAGACCUGGAGCGGGUUCUUCUGGAUAUCAUCAACAUGGUAUCUGUUGAACAUAACUCUGCUCAAUUGUUCUCUGUUGACUGUAAACUGCAGACCAUUUCAACAUCCAACCAUGCCCUGCCUCAUGUCCUGCCUGUUCCACAGUAGAUGUGUGGUUGCUGCUCAAGUUGUUCAAUGGGUUUUGGUUUGAUUGUUGGGAUUUACGGAUUUAAUCUUCCGUUACCAAAAUACAUUGAAAAUAAGGGUCUCUAAGUUUCUCAUGAUUCCAAAGCAAUUUUAUUCUUUGGAACAUGAUUGAUGAGAAUGUAUUUAUUAAAAAAAAAUUACUUCACAAUAUUUGAAAUAUAUAUUAAAGAAAAUUUACUUCA